AGAGGAGGAGGAGGAUAAGGAGUUGCCGUACCCCGCUCUAGCACCAGUGGUUCUCUUGGCUCUGACCCAAACCAGCCCACCCCGCUCCUGGUGCCUUCGAGCUGUCUGCCACCCAUGGUUUGAGCGUGUGAGCAUUUUGGCCAUCCUGCUGAAUUGUGUGACUCUAGGGAUGUUCCAGCCCUGUGGCCACACCCCCUUCUUCCUACAGGCUCUGGAUGAUGGGAUCUUUGUGUUUUUUGCUGGGGAAAUGGUGGUGAAGAUGGUGGCUCUUGGGGUCAUAGGUCAGAGUGGUUACCUAGGCGACACAUGGAACAGAUUGGACUUCUUCAUUGUUAUAGUGGGAAUGCUGGAGUACUCCCUUGAUGGACACAACGUCAGCCUAUCAGCUAUCCGGACUGUCCGGGUUCUCCGCCCACUGCGAGCCAUCAACAGAGUUCCCAGUAUGCGUAUCCUGGUGACCCUCCUCCUGGACACACUUCCCAUGCUGGGCAACGUGCUGGCGCUGUGCUUCUUUGUCUUCUUCAUCUUCGGCAUUGUCGGCGUGCAGCUGUGGGCGGGGCUACUGAGGAAUCGCUGUUUCAUGGGAGAGGAUGUCAAGAUGAGAUAUAACAUUUCCUUCCUAAGUGGCUACUAUCGGCCAGAUGGCACAGAUGACCACCCCUUCAUCUGCUCGACAGACAGAGAAAACGGGAUGCUUCGGUGCUCUGAUGUGCCUCGGCGCCGUGUAGACGGGACCUCCUGCUUCCUGGGGGCUGAGGAGGCCCGUCCAGAGAUAGGUCUUGGGGUAAAUGAACCAGUCUCAUGUGUAAACUGGUAUCAGUAUUACAAUGAGUGUCGGGCCGGAGAAAUAAACCCACACAAAGGAGCUAUUAACUUCGAUAACAUUGGAUACGCAUGGAUUGCCAUUUUUCAGGUAAUUACUCUAGAAGGUUGGGUAGACAUCAUGUACUAUGUCAUGGAUGCACAUUCCUUCUACAACUUCAUCUACUUCAUUUUCCUCAUUAUAGUGGGCUCCUUCUUCAUGAUCAACCUGUGCCUGGUCGUCAUAGCAACCCAGUUUUCGGAAACGAAGCAAAGAGAACACGCCUUGAUGAAAUCGGAGCAGCGUGCCCGCCAGCUCCACCAAUCAGCUUCCACGCUGGACAGCGACAGCCAACCAGGAAGCUGCUAUGAGGAAAUCAUCCGCUACCUGGCGCACCUUGGCCGCAAGGCAUGGCGGAGACUGUCCCGCUGCUAUGCUAAGACAAGUCCGCACUUUCACUGCGUGUGCGUUUGCAAGACAGACAGAGGCAGUGGAUCUGCCAGAGGGGGCGGUGUUGGGGAGAUGAAUGGACUUGCCAACCGGCACUCAGGCCACGCCCCCAACGACCUGUCUCACCUUCAUCAGCUCUAUCAUCAUCACCAACAUCAUCACCAGCAUCACCAGCCUCAGUCUGAGCCUGCUGUCAGUAACGGAGGCAACGGUUUUAAUUAUCCCUUCAUAUCGCCCCUCUUCAGUCACCUGGAUGCAAAAGGCCGGGACCAGAGACGGCUGGCUGCCACGGAGACCACCAACAGACUGCCGCAGCUGGUGCUGGAGCAUGGUGAGAACAAAGGGGUGUGUAUAUCCUGACUUUUGAUUCCUAUCCCAGGAGAGUCCUCAGUAUGCCCCUACUGCAUCUACUAUAACCAACUUAGUGACUGCGAAAAUGUUAAUGAGCAACCUGAAGAACAGCAGCUUGGGUACAGCAACUCACGCCAUGGCAACAGCCCGUGUCAUAGUAACAGCCCAUGCCGUGGUGAGGCACAGGUGUCUGAGCCAAAGAAAAGGCUGUUCCAGCGUUGCUGGGCGGGUCUCCGAACUAAACUGGAACUCAUUGUUGGCAGCAGAUACUUCAACAGAGGAAUCAUGAUUGCAAUCCUUAUUAAUACGCUGUCGAUGGGCAUAGAGUACCACCAACAGCCACAGGAGCUGACAGAUAUUUUGGAGAUCAGUAACAUGGUGUUCACAAGUCUCUUCAGUCUUGAGAUGCUGCUGAAGCUCCUGGCUCUUGGGCUCUUUGGCUACAUCAAGAACCCCUACAACGGCUUUGACAGCGUCAUUGUCAUCAUCAGUGUUUGGGAGAUUGUGGGGGAGGCAGAGGGAGGCUUAUCGGUUCUGCGUACCUUCCGUCUGCUGAGAGUUUUAAAGCUGGUCCGGUUCCUUCCUGCCCUGAGGAGGCAGCUGGUGGUGCUGAUGAAGACCAUGGACAACGUGGCCACGUUCUGCAUGUUGCUGAUGCUCUUUAUAUUCAUAUUCAGUAUCUUGGGGAUGCAUCUGUUUGGCUGUAAAUUCGGCCUACGACAAGACAGUGGAGACACUUUACCUGACAGAAAAAACUUCGACUCUCUGCUCUGGGCGACUGUCACUGUGUUUCAGAUCCUCACCCAGGAAGACUGGAACGCCGUGCUCUAUAAUGGGAUGGCCUCCACCUCGCCUUUGGCUGCCCUCUAUUUUGUUGCCCUCAUGACCUUUGGCAACUACGUCCUCUUCAACUUGCUCGUAGCCAUUUUGGUUGAGGGCUUUCAAGCUGAAGGUGAUGCCAACAGAUCUGAGGCAGAUGACGAGAGACAAUCACUAUCUUACGAGGACGAGGAGAAGUUGAGAGAGUUAUAUGCCGCAGAGCUGAAGAUCCAGGCCAUGAUACUGAGCCCCAAUGGUCUCCUCAACCCAAAAGCCUCCAUGCCCCACCCUCCUCCUCCACCUCUGCCAGUCAUCACACACACCGCAGCCACACCCACCAUAAACUCCGGCCAGUCACGGCGGGCGAGUGGCACUUCCUCGGACAUCAACAGCCUCGAGCAGAGGUCACUGUCUCUGUGGGACAGUGGGCCAGAGAGCCGGCGCUCCAGCUGGACCAGCAUCAGUCGAGCCCCCAGCCUCCACAGGAAGAGCCAGUCGGGAGAGAUGGAGUCCCUGUUGUCGGACACGCACAUGAGCUCCAACCCCGGCAGCAGGGAGCAGUCUCUGGACCAGCCUGAGUACCUGCAGGUGCCCGUGCUUCACCCGCCAGACUGCAACGGCACCACCCUUCACCUUCCUGACAACUGCUACGACGACGCUCCCCUGACCACACUUUACCACGGUGAUCAGGAGGAGGAAGAGAUUGAAGAGAGUUUAUGUAAGAAGCUGAAGAAGAUGCUGGAGCCAUAUGAGCCUCAGUGGUGCCUGGAGCAUGAAGAGUGGUCCCUCUAUCUGUUCUCUCCUCACAACCGGUUCAGGUUGUGGUGUCAGAGGGUCGUAGGCCACAAGAUGUUCGAUCAUGUCGUCCUCCUCUUCAUCUUCCUCAACUGCAUCACCAUUGCACUGGAGAGACCUGACAUACAGCCCAACAGCAUGGAACGGGUGUUCCUCAGUGUGUCCAAUUACAUCUUCACUGUGAUCUUCGUGAGUGAAAUGAUGAUGAAGGUGGUAGCUAUGGGCCUGUACUUUGGAAACGGUGUCUACCUCCAGAGCAGCUGGAAUAUACUGGACGGGCUGCUGGUGUUUGUAUCACUGGUGGACAUCCUGGUCUCCAUUGCAUCAGCAGGCGGUAAUCGAAUCUUAGGCAUCCUCCGCGUGCUUCGUCUGCUCCGCACACUGCGACCUCUCAGGGUGAUAAGUAGGGCUCCAGGCCUAAAAUUGGUGGUGGAGACUCUGAUCACAUCUCUCAGACCCAUUGGGAAUAUUGUCCUCAUCUGCUGUGCUUUUUUCAUCGUUUUUGGAAUAUUAGGGGUCCAGCUGUUUAAGGGGAAAUUCUUCUACUGCGAUGGGCUCGACGUGAGUAACAUCACCAAUAAAAGCCAGUGUCUGGAGGCAGGGUACCGAUGGGUUCGACGGAAAUACAACUUUGACAACCUGGGACAGGCGCUGAUGUCACUGUUUGUGCUGUCAUGUAAAGACGGCUGGGUCAGCAUCAUGUACGACGGUCUGGAUGCUGUCGCAGUGGACCAGCAGCCAAUAAGAAACAACAAUCCAUGGAUGCUGCUGUUCUUCAUCUCUUUCCUCCUCAUCGUCAGCUUCUUUGUGCUCAACAUGUUUGUGGGCGUGGUGGUGGAAAACUUUCACAAGUGUCGCCAACAGCAGGAGGAGGAGGAGGCACGUCUGAGGGAGGAGAAACGACAGAGGCGGUUGGAGAAGAGGAGGAGAAGGGCCCAGGAGAAGCCGUAUUACGCCGACUACUCCCCAUUGCGUCGAUCCAUCCACACCGUGUGCACCAGCUACUACCUGGAUCUCUUCAUUACCAUCAUCAUCUUCACAAACCUCCUCACCAUGAGCAUGGAGCAUUACAACCAGCCUCAGUACCUUGAGGAGAUACUGAAGUACUGCAAUUACGUCUUCACCCUGGUUUUUGUCAUCGAGGCAAUUCUCAAACUCAUCGCUUUUGGCCUGCGCCGCUUUUUCAAAGAGAGAUGGAACCAGCUGGACCUUGCCAUUGUGUUGUUGUCCAUCAUGGGAAUCACAUUGGAGGAAAUAGACCUUAAUGCUUCCCUGCCCAUCAACCCCACCAUCAUACGCAUCAUGAGAGUCCUGAGGAUAACACGAGUGCUGAAGCUGCUGAAGAUGGCUACGGGAAUGAGAGCUCUGCUGGAUACAGUGAUGCAAGCUCUGCCUCAGGUGGGGAAUCUGGGUCUGCUCUUCAUGUUGCUGUUCUUCAUCUAUGCAGCUCUGGGAGUUGAGCUCUUUGGAAAACUGGAGUGUUCGGACGAGAACCCAUGUGAGGGUCUUAGUCGCCACGCUACCUUCGACAACUUUGGCAUGGCUUUCCUCACACUCUUCAGGGUGUCUACCGGGGACAACUGGAAUGGGAUUAUGAAGGACACCCUGCGUGAGUGUCGCCCACAGGAUCGCAACUGCCUCACCUACCUGCCCUUGAUCUCCCCCAUCUACUUCGUCACCUUCGUCCUAACAGCUCAGUUCGUGCUGGUGAACGUGGUUGUAGCCGUUCUGAUGAAGCACCUGGAAGAGAGCAACAAGGAGGCGCAGCUGGAGGAGAUGGAAGAGAGGAGGGAGAGAGAGGAGAGGAGGGAGAGGGAGGAGAGGAGGGAGAGGGAGGAGGCCAACCGGCGUCUCAGCACUGCAUCUUUGAGCGCAGACCUGGACGUGGAUACACCUGCUCAGGUUGAGGAUGAGGAGUGUUCCCAUGGCAACCUGCUGAGCAUGGGACGCAUACUGUCUCUCCCCAGCGACAGCUAUGUUCAGCCACUCAGAUGCUCCUCUUAUCCUCCCGUUGGCCAUGAGGCCUACUCCGGCUACAGCUACUCAGGCUCAAUGUCAUCUCUGGGCUCCAGUGGAGGCGGCUCUCUGCUGCAGGUUCCAGGAGCUCUGCCCGCCAUAAGCCACGCUUCACUGGGUUGUGGACGCAGCACGAGGCCCAUGAUCUGCCUCAGCACCUCUCAGAGCAUCGACAGACACUCCCCAAACAGACUCAGUCCAGCUGACAGUAUAGAGGGAUACAGGUUCAGUCCCGCUCACAGAAUAAACAGACACAGACUUAACUCAGCUCAUAGUAUAGACGGAUACAAGUUCAGCCCGGCCCAUCGGAUAAACAGACACAGACUCAGCUCUGCUCACAGUAUGGAUGGAUACAGGCUGAAUCAAGAACCAAACACAGACAGACCUAAACUCAUGUCCAGUCACAGUAUAGAGAGACAUCCAUCACUCAGACUGAGUCCCACUCACAGGGCCAGCAGACAUCCUUCUCAUUGGCUCAGUCCUGAAGACAGCUUAGACAGAAACAAGCUGAGUCCCUGCUACGUCCCGGAUGGUUCGGUUCUGAAGAGACCAGCAUCUUUCCGCACUUUGAGCAGACAGUUACGGAGACAGGAGGCUGUGCGCUGUGACUCUCUGGAUGGGAGCGGUUCAGCUGAUGAUCUGGCAGAGCCUCACCUCACUGUGUCCCCCGUCUCUUCCACGCCACCACGCCAGCGGUCGUCCAGUGUACACAUACUGAAAUAUACACACUCCCAGAGGGUCAUCUCAUGCAGGAGCCACAGCCGGAGCCACAGUGAAACCACUGGACAAGAACGUGUACCUGAGCAGGCCAUCUGUGGCGCGCAGCCAGAAACAGAUGUUGAGAAGAGGCCUGUCAGCCCGCAGAGCCUUUCCAGUCUGAAUGUUCCCAGCCGUGAAUCCACCCUAUCAGCUACGCUCUGUAGCUCCAGAGCUGCCAGCCCUGGCUCCAAACCCGGCCCCCAGUUAGAUGAAGCUGAUGAGGAAGUCAGCCGUAUUAACAGUUCUGUUCACAGUCGCUCACACAAACAACUUCCUCCCAGCUCUUUACACAAAGGUAGACAUCUUACCCCGAGCCCGGGGGAGCACAGGAGCCGCCUCAGCCAAUCAGUGUCCCCGGUGUCGAGCACGCACAGGAAGCAGAGGAUGAGCCCGCCGCCGGGGGAGGAGCCAGUUACCAUGGCAACCCAGCUAAUGGACAGCAGUGUAGAGCUGAGAAGGCGGACUCUGUCAUUUGAUGCCACAACCCUCUCUCCUAAUCAACCGGAGGGGGAAUCUGUGGACGACUAA